GGACCGACCCACGCCGAGACGAGACGACCCAGUCAGUCAGUCGAGUACGGCCCGGACCGGUGCACGGGACACUGCAGGACACACCGCACGGACACCGCAGGACACGAGACGUCAACAUGCUCUCCAGACGACGCCUCCUCUGCGCGGCCCUCGCCCUGCACGCGAUGGCCGCCUGCGUCUCCGUGACGGAGUCCGUAGGAAUCACAGAUCUGGUGUGGUGGGGCGCGGACAUGCUGGCGGGGUCCGGCGCCGACGGCGAGCAGCGGGAUGGCUCCGAGAGCGGGGCCGGCGGGGCUGCGGGGGCCGCUGCGGGCGGGGCGGCGGCGGCAGGGUCCCCAGCGGCGGGGCCGCGCAGGACGUGCCACUGCUCCGGCCCGGCCUGCAUGUGCUGCCUGGACUUCAACAUGACGUACAUCGACUUGGGAGGACCUGGUUGUGUACGUCUCCGCUACCUCGGCCAGGACUCCGGGGUUGCCAUGAACGUGUCUUACGGCGACUCCCUGCUGCAUAGCGAGGUCGUCAAAGACUCCAGCCCGUCGCAGACGUGCAUGGACAUCCUCUCGUCGCUGGCGCAGGUGUGCGCGCGCUUCAGCUCGCUGGAGCCCGUGACGGCCGAGGGCGCGGAGGCGGCGGGCGAGGCGGAGGUGAAGCGCGGCUGCCUGCAGUUCGAGCCCAACCUGCUGGGCGAGGUGCAGGCCUCGUACCCGGUGGGCUGCUUCAGGAUGACGCCCACGUCCAUGACCCUGGAGCCGCAGACCGCGGCGCCGGCCGUCACCACCAGCCAGCCCGAGGAGGCGGAGGGCGGCGAGGGGUCGGCGACCACCGAGACCCCGUCCACCGGGCCCACGGACCUGAGCGCCGAGUCUCUAAUCGCAGCCGUGAGCGAGACGGCCGAACAAGGCAUCGACCUGCUCACCAACUGGCUCGGCCUGGCGCUCGAGGAGGACAACAACGCCACGACGACCGACACCCUGGAAGCGACGUCCACGGCCGCCCCCGAGGAGGGUACCGUCGGCGCGAGGGGUUACAGACAAGGCUCGGUGUCGUUAGCCUGAUUUGAACGAGUAUAGGCCGGGGGUGUUUUAGAGAGGGUCGACCCAGGCAGGAAUGGGCGGAAGACAAACCGCGGGACGCGAGCGUUUUGUCCACUCCGUUUAGUGGAUCUGAUUAUUGAGGUUCGCUCGAAAGAAGGUGGUAUAAUGCCAAAAAAUAAGUGCGGAAAACUGUGAGAUUGCCCCACAAGUUGGGUAGUGACUGAAAAUUUU